AUGAAUGAACUUGAACAGCUGGAAUACUUUUGCAGAGAACUAUAUACAACUAGUGAUCCGGAAAUCCGUAGUCAAGCAGAAAAAGCUUGUUCUUCCCUAUGUGAACGGGCUGAUUGUCCUUCUAUAUGCCAGUUACUUUUACAGCAUUCAACUUCGUGCUACUCACAGCUUAUUGCUUCUACAGCUUUGACUAAAUAUAUUUCCAAUCGAGAUGCUAUAAUUUCACAUUCAUCACGUUUAGCUAUUCGAGAUUUUGCUUUAAAUUAUCUAGCUGCGCAUGCUGGAUUGGAAAAAUUUGUACAACAAGCCUUAAUCACACUUAUUUGUCGGCUAACAAAGUUGGGAUGGCUAGAUUCAGUAGACGGUAGUCCUGGAUUUUGUGAUAUUUUGGACUGUGCGUCAAAGUUUAUUGAGUGCGGUCAAACAAGCGCAAUUCUUACUGGAGUGCAAAUACUCAAUAAUUUAGUUUCGGAAAUGAAUCAUGAUUGUGAGUGUGAUGUUACUCGUGCAAUUUUCUUACAACGUAAAAGAUCUUCAUCAUUUCGUGAUCUACUACUUUUGCCUAUAUUUCGACUUAGUUUGAACUUACUACGAGAUGCUGAUCAAAAUUUAACUUCUUUAGAUUUGAAUAAUCCUGAACAACAUGGAUUAUUUUCUCAAAGUUUACAAUUAGUUCAUUCUUGUCUUUCAUAUGAUUUUAUUGGAACAUCUGGUAGUGUUAAUAGUACAGUAUGCGAUGUAUCUUCAAAUGGUAUGGAUGAUUUAGUUGUUGUACAGAUUCCAACAAGUUGGCGACAAAUUUUUCUUGAUUCAGAGACUGUACCAUUAUUUUUUCGAUUAUAUAAAAAUUUAUCACCUGAUUUAUCUGUUCUCGCACUUUCUUGUUUAGUUCAAAUAGCAAGUAUACGUCGUUCAUUAUUUACAAAUGCUGAAAGAUCAAUAUUUCUUUCACAAAUUGUAUCUGGUUGUCGUGAUAUAUUGUUAUCUGUUAGUAAUAUAACACCAUCAUCAUCAACAACAACUAAUACUAAUACUACUGUUAUUGGUUCUCCGCAUAAUACACUUUCUAAUACUAUUACUACUACUAAUAAUAAUAAUCAUAACAGUAGUAUGAACAAAGAAGAUUGUAAUUUAAUCAAUAAUCCAGAAGCUUAUCAUGAAUUUUGUCUUCUUCUUUCCAGACUUAAAUGUAAUUAUCAAUUAAAUGAAUUAGUUACACUUGAUGAUUAUUCUUCAUUUAUUGAAUUACUAACUAUAUUCACUGUGAAUAGUUUAAAAGCAUCUACAGAUGAAUCUAAUCAAAAUAGUUUACAUUAUUUAUUAACAUUAUGGCAACGUUUAGUUGCUAGUAUUCCAUAUGUUCAUUCAUCUGAUACACAUAUGUUAGAUACAUUUACACCACAAAUAAUUAAUGCCUAUAUUGAAACACGUUUAAAUUCUAUACCAAAUUAUAUGAAUCAUACUACUAUACAUAUUACUCGUGAAUCUAUACGUUCUGAAAAGAAAUCAAAAGAAUUUAUUAAUUUAUCAAAAUCAUUUAAUAAUUCUACAACAAAUGAUACAUUACACACUGAUAAUCAUCAUAAUCAUAAUUAUAAUAAUAAUAAUUGUAAUUCUAUAAUUACUAAUAAUUCUAAAUUAGUCAAUGAUUCAUUAUCUAUAAAUAAUGAAUGUUUACUUGAUGAUUGGAUUACACUUUCACAACAAUUAGAUCAGUUUGGAACUAUUGGACGUUGUGUAUAUGGUAAAACUUGCAAUACUAUUAUUCUGUUAUUUGAUGAAUAUGCUAGUAGUUUAGAAAAAGCUUUCAAUAUUCUCACUUCUAACAAUCUGUCCGUAAAUGAUUCUCAUCUGGAACAAGUUUUACGCUUAGAAGAACAUCGUCUGGCAUGGCUUGUUUAUAUGGUUGGUGCAUUAAUCGGUGGUCGUGUAAAUUAUGCCAAUGCAGAUGAAUGUGAUGGUGAAUUAGUCUGUCGUGUAAUACAAUUAACUCGUUUAAUAACAAAUUUUAUCACAUCAAAUACUCCAACAACUCAAUCACCAAGUAUGAUACGAUUAGAGUUAGCUGUAUUAAGUUUCUUUGAACAACUUCGACGAGUGUAUGUUGGUGAAAAUGUUGGCAGAUUGUCUAAGUUCUAUCAAUGUUUAUCAGAUAAAUUAGGUAUAUCAGAUGAAAUGAUGAUCCUUGAUGUAUUUAUUAAUAAAAUUUUAACAAAUUUAAAAUAUUGGAGUAAUUGUGAAUCAGUAUUACAAAGAACAUUAAAUUUAUUAUCAGAAUUAUCCGUUGGUUUUAGUGCUAUGCGUAAAUUAUUACGAUUAGAUAAUAUACAAUUUAUGCUUAUCAAUCAUACACCUGAAUAUUUUCCUUUUCUAUCAUCCAAUACAACAAUUGAACUAUCUCAAUUAUCAACAAUUUCACGAUUACGUACAACAUUUUAUGCUUCAAUUUCACGUUUAUUAAUGGUUGAAUUAGUUACAAAUCAAUUAAUUAUAGCAUUAUUAUUUGGAGAUUCAUCUAAUUUCAAUGAAAAAUUAAUGAAAAUCUCAAUUAUUGGUUUAGCCCGAGAUAUACGUGGUAUAUUAUAUAGUUUAAAUAAUAAAGCAUCAUAUCAAAUGUUAAUGAAUUGGAUUUAUCCAAAUGGUUUAUUAUUAUUUAAUCGUGUAUUAGAACUAUGGCCAUAUGAUUAUACAAUAACAAUACCAAUAUUAAAAACAAUUACAGAAUUAAUUAAUAAUCGUAAUGGACGUUUAUUAUAUGAUAUCACUAUACCAACUGGUUUUUAUUGUUUACAUAUGUUAGUAAACUUUUAUGUAAUUUUGGUCUUCAAUUACUCUCUAAUCCAUGUCAAAUCCCAAAAAAUUCAUUAUAUCAAAUUAAAUUAA